AUGUACACAGACAAGGUCCAGCGUGCUGAUGUAGCUCUGCUUUCCCAGUAUUAUACGAAUAUCCUAAGCCCAUUCACCACCGCAUCUAGCUUUGAUGACCCGGUCUCAGUCGGUGAUCAUUCACUGGCGGCGAGCCUCCUAGGACAUGCAAAAAAGUCGCUAAUUCCAGUCACACAGCUCAUCAAGAAAGGUCUGGUGUUAUGGUGUGCAGAUGCUGCCGCCGCUCGUACCAGCGUGGAUGCUGGUCCCAAGUUCCCUCGCGCUCGAUCUUCAUUGGACGCGGCGCAAGGAAGUAGUAUCAGGUCAUAUGCGUAUCUGAAGAAUGCGCUGGCCGCAGUACCCCAGCUUAUACUGCUUCCUCCAAGUAUAUCUAGCAAGGAGCAAUGUCAAUCUUCCCCAGAUAGAUGGACUCAUUGUUCUUGCGAUUUGGCUGCGGCAUGCCCUGGAUCUUCACCGACAAUGCCUGGUGCCUUCAGAGUGGGCCGAACAAAGAGUCCGAAUCUUCUGGCUCGUGUGUUUACUAAACAAGGCGUACAUUAUAGUUCCUCUACCACUACUCCUACUGACAAGGCCCAUAAUGAUGAAGAUCCUGUUGUGCAGCUACCUGAGAAGACCACGGUGGACAAUGUAGGCAUUGACUUGGCAGAUGGGAGCAAGGUGCCCAUCUUCCGUCUUCUGAGUAGCCUCCGCCAUUCACUAUGA